AUAGUGUCAUAACAUGUCAAUGUUAAAUUUCUUAUCACUAGGAAGUUCUAACUUCUUUGAGUUUAACAGAGAGUUCAUUGUUGAUUGUAUUAUUGCUAGGUUAUAACCUCAAAAAUAGAAUAGUCGCGAAAUAUAUAUUAUUUUUUGUGUUAAGUAUGAUUAUUAUUAUUAAUUUGUAAAAAUGUUUCGAACUCUGAAGUUUUUUCGAUCACAUAGUACUAAGGGAUCUUUUAAAGCGUUAUCUUUAUCUCGACAAAGAUUUUUCAGUAUAACUUCAGGUUUAAGGCACGGAGAAUAUGAAUGGCAAGAUCCAAAAUCGGAAGACGAAGUAGUGAAUGUUGUGUAUAUUGAUAAGGAUGGAAAAAAGACAAAUGUGAGAGGGAAAAUUGGUGACAAUGUCCUGUAUCUUGCACAUAGAUAUGGAAUUGAAAUGGAAGGUGCUUGUGAGGCAUCACUAGCGUGUACAACAUGUCAUGUGUAUGUACACGAGAAAUAUCUUGAUACACUACCAGAACCUGAAGAGAAGGAAGAUGAUUUGUUAGAUAUGGCACCAUUUUUAAAGGAAAAUUCCAGACUAGGUUGUCAAAUUGUUUUGACAAAAGAAAUGGAGGGAAUGGAAUUAAAAUUACCAAAAGCAACUAGAAAUUUCUAUGUAGAUGGCCACAAGCCUACACCACAUUAAUUUUAUAGAAAGAAAAGUAUUACUCAGUACAUACAAAAAAUUAAAUUUAUGGUUUUUGCUUCACUGUUUUAGAUCUGUUACACUAAUUGGAAUAAAUGAAACUAAGUCUCAGUACCCACAAUAUGUAUUUAUAGAGAAUAUGUUGAAUAUUAGUUUAAUGUAAAUAAAUAUAUAUAAGGAAA